AUGAUUAUUUAUCCCAUGAAAUAUUUGUCGUACUUUAUAACGAACCAAUUAAAUGAUUCAUGGAUUGAGUUGCCACUUCUCAAACCUCAUCAUAUUAUUCAAUCACGAGAUAUCAAACGAUACUUCACAGGAGAUUUGGAGUCGCCUGUUGAAUCUUAUCCAUUAUUUCAAGGUUUGGAAAAACAUUAUCUCAGAGCUCAAAUUGCAAGGAUAACAGCUGCUACUCAAAUAUCACCACGUGAUUAUUUUGUACUCGACUACCAUUCAAAUUCAUACAAAUGGAGAAAAUUAAACUCUUUUCAAUCGAAAGUGAUGUCACAGAAAUGGAUCCACGAGUAUGCAGUGAACGAGGAAUACAAUCCUCUGUCGGUAUACGAUUUAUUGGAACCGAGCAACUGGGUACAUCACACUCCCUCGAUAACGGAAAAAGGAGUGACCCAGGCGUGGACCAAUAUUAUAGAGUCUGGAGAAGACUUACAACAAAAAUCAGGGAGCAUUGAAUAUGGUUGUAAGAUUAGGAUGAACUUAGAAAUCGGCCGAGGAGACGGUGACCAACUGGAAAUAUUUAGAAACCUGUCAAAUGACGCUUAUAUGGGUGAAAUGCCACCAUGGAAAUUCGAAUUGACCAAUCGGUUUGACCACACGAAUUCGUACGCGACCAUCCGGUCCAAUCUUUGGCCCGGAGCACACGCAGUUGCGCGUGAAAACCUUUUAGAUUAUACGUAUCACGGUUGGGGCCACAAAUGGGGCGCCUUUAGUUUCACGGUCCAGCCGUUGAGUGGAUAUCAGCUGUCGAAUUUCUAUAAAGACGAUAUCGGCAUGACCACUGAGAUGGGAGACCCGACUCCCGAAGACGAACUGGAGUAUUUAGCGAUAGUCAACAAGAGGAAGGAAAGACGAUCUCGUAGGAAAAUCAACGCUCUGCGACCGUUUUCUGCAGCAGACGAGGACGAGGAAAGAAUCCUAAAUCAACACGACUACGAAUGAUGCUGGUACGAUAGUACCCAUUGAUCGUAUCACUAUUGUUUUAUUAUAUAAAUAUAGGGAUUAUCCGCGGUGUACAACAUAACACAAUAUACAGUACCUACUUCCUAUAAUACCUAAGUAGCUUACCAACUUACCGUGUAUAAUAUUGUGCUGUUAUAUUUAUAUUUUUUGUUUUAUAAUUAUAAUCCUAUAUGGCUGUAUUGAAAUUGCA